UGUUGGUGGAGGGUUUUAGACCCAUGUGCACCUUUCCUGACGCUGCUGAGAGACCCCACCAAGGUCGUGCUCAGAAUAGGGCUGAGCUCAUGUUCUGUCCCUGCAGUGGUGACAGCAUAGGGGUUCUCUCCAGGAUAGGACGGUGGGUUCCCGACUCCUUGAGCCCAGCACUGUGUGGCUCUGGCACCGGCAGUGUGCAGCAAGGGAGGGCAGAGCCAGGGUCUCUCCAGCCCCUCUCUCUGCGAUGGUUCCUUCCCGUCCAGGAGGCCGUGGGCCGGACCAGUGGCCAGCCGGGCCGGAUGGGCGGCACGGCCGGGCCAGAGCCCGGAGACCCCCGGGGCGGCUGAGCUGGCCCAUGGCGGCGGGCGCGGGCGCCUUCGCGUGGGCCACCUUCCCCGCUAUGCCCACGCGGCGCGUGUACUGCAGCGCCGCGCACCGCGACGGGCAGCUCUUCGUGCUGGGCGGCUGCGGGGGCGGCGGGCGAGCCCUGGGAACUGCUGAGGUGCUCGACGUCCCAUCCCAGCGCUGGACCACGCUCCCACCACUGCCCACGCCGCGGGCUGGCGCUGCCGCCCUUGCCCUGGGCAAGCAGAUCUUGGUGGUGGGCGGUGUGGAUGCGGCGCAGAGCCCACUCGCCUCUGUUGAGGUCUACCACGUGGAUGAGGGCAAGUGGGAGAAGAAGGCGGCAUUGGCUCAGCCCUCCAUGGGCAUCUCAGCUGUGCAGAGAGAUGGGGCUGUCUACGCGCUGGGGGGAAUGGGUGCGGACACCUCUCCCCAGGCACUGGUCCGUGUCUAUGAGCCAGCAAAGGACCAUUGGCAACCCCUACCCUCCAUGCCUACCCCGUGUUAUGGGGCCUCUGCCUUCCUGCAGGGAAACAAGAUCUUCGUCCUGGGAGGCCGGCAAGGCAAGCUGCCUGUCACCGCCUUCGAGGCCUUUGACCUGGAGACAAGGAGCUGGACACGCUACCCCAGUGUGCCCAGCCGCCGCGCCUUCGCUGCCUGUGCCAUGGCUGAUGGGGUUGUCUUCAGCCUGGGUGGGCUGCAGCAGCCAGGGCCCCACAACUUCUAUUCCCGUCCCCAUUUUGUCAACACCGUGGAGAUGUUUGAUCCUGCGCAGGGUGUGUGGAGAAAGCCAAGCCGCACCAUCCGUAUGAAAGAGAAGAGAGCCGACUUCGUGGCUGGGUGCUUGGGAGGAAGAGUGGUGGCCGUGGGUGGCCUUGGUAAUGCUGGGGGGAACCAGUCCUGCCCACUGGACUCAGUGGAAGGGUUCAGCCUGUCACAGAAGAAGUGGGAGCCGCUGCCCCCUAUGCCCACUGGCCGCUGCUCCUGCUCCAGCUGCCCAGCGCCCAGCCUGCUCUUCAUCAUCGGCGGUGUGGCCCAGGGUCCCAGUGGCGCUGUCGAGGCUCUGUGCCUGCGUGAUGUGCCCUGAGUAGGACCCCACGGACGAGCCCUGGGCAAGCACCAAGUGCCUGAAGACAGGGACAGGGUGUGUGAGCAUCCAUGUGUGGAGCCAGGGUGACCUGGCUCCAAAAAACCUCUGUUCCAUGAUGCCAGGCAUCAGAGCAGCUGAGGUUUUGGGAACUCCCAACUCCUGCAGCGCUGUGGCAAUGAAGCCCAGGGCAAACUCCUGCCUGGUGGGAUGGCCAUCGCCAGCAGUGUGGAGGGAGUAGCGGUGGCAGGACUGCCGCUGGCCUCACUGCCCUGUCCGGCCCCAUCUGUGCCACGGCGUAUCCGUGCCGUGUGUGUAGCAGUGAGUGCUGUGUCGUCGUAGACCCAGUCGAUGUCUCAUGUAGCACAGAGGUGGCCUGUAGCUCAGUGCCUGGGAGGUGAUGUAGCACCUCAAAUAAAUGAAUCAUGUGGAAUUUUA